GCGGGGCAGGUUUGCGCCUGCGCUGGGCGCGCGGGGCUGACGGCCGUCGGGGGCGCGGGCGACGGAGUUGGCUGCGGCGACGGCGAUGGGGAGCGGCGGUGUGAUCCACUGCCGGUGUGCAAAGUGUUUCUGUUACCCUACAAAGCGAAGGAUAAAGAGGAGACCCCGAAACUUAACCAUCUUGAGCCUCCCUGAAGAUGUGCUCUUUCAUAUCCUGAAGUGGCUUUCUGUUGGGGACAUCCUGGCUGUCCGAGCUGUGCAUUCCCACCUGAAAUACCUGGUGGACAACCACGCCAGCGUGUGGGCAUGUGCCAGCUUCCAGGAACUGUGGCCUUCUCCAAGGAACCUGAAGCUCUUUGAAAGGGCUGCCGAAAAGGGAAAUUUUGAAGCUGCCGUGAAGCUGGGCAUAGCCUACCUCUACAAUGAAGGCCUGUCUGUGUCUGAUGAAGCCCGUGCGGAGGUGAAUGGCCUGAAGGCUUCUCGGUUCUUCAGUCUCGCGGAGCGACUGAAUGUGGGUGCCGCGCCCUUCAUCUGGCUCUUCAUCCGACCCCCGUGGUCGGUGUCUGGAAGCUGCUGCAAGGCCGUGGUUCAUGAGAGCCUCAGGGCGGAGUGCCAGCUGCAGGGGGUGGGUCCUGGCGAGGGACACACGUGGGGCCCGCAUGCCGGACGGUCCGAGCCCCAUAGGACUCACCGGGCGUCUAUACUGCACUGCUUGGGGAGAGUGCUCAGUCUCUUCGAGGAUGAAGAGCGGAAGCAGCAGGCCCAGGAUCUGUUUGAAGAGUCUGCCAAUCAGGGCUGUCUGGCCAGCUCGUACCUCCUCUGGGAACGUGACAGGAGGAUGGAUAUGUCAGAUCCCGGGCGAUGCCUCCACAGCUUCCGGAAACUCAGGGACUACGCGGCCAAAGGCUGCUGGGAAGCACAGCUGUCUUUAGCCAAAGCCUGUGCACACGGAAGCCAGCUGGGCCUCGACGCCAAGGCCUCGGACAGCGUGGUGCGCCAGCUCUUCCAGACCUCCCGCGCCAUGGGCAAGCAGCAGGUCUUCUCCGUGCAGAAGGGCCUCAGCGACACCAUGAGGUACAUCUUGAUUGACUGGCUGGUGGAAGUGGCCACCAUGAAGGACUUCACGAGCCUGUGCCUUCACCUGACCGUGGAGUGCGUGGACCGGUACCUGCGGCGGAGGCUGGUGCCCCGGUACAGGCUCCAGCUGCUGGGCAUCGCCUGCAUGGUCAUCUGUACCCGGUUCAUCAGCAAGGAGAUCCUGACGAUCCGCGAGGCUGUGUGGCUCACGGACAACACCUACAAGUACGAGGACCUGGUGCGGAUGAUGGGAGAGAUCAUCUCUGCCCUGGAAGGGAAGAUUCGGGUCCCCACUGUGGUGGAUUACAAGGAUGUCCUACUGACGCUGGUCCCUGCAGCACCAAGAACCCAGCACCUGUGCAGCUUCCUGUGUGAGCUUUCGCUGCUGCACACCAGCCUGGCUGUGUACGCCCCGGCCCGUUUGGCCGCCGCCGCCCUGCUGCUCGCCAGGCUGAUGCACGGGCAGACACAGCCCUGGACCCCACGGUUGUGGGACCUGACCGGGUUCUCCUGCGAAGACCUCAUACCCUGCGUCCUGAGCCUCCAUCAGAAGUGCUUCCACGAUGACGCCCCCAAGGACUACAGGCAAGUGUCUCUGACUGCCGUGAAGCAGCGGUUCGAGGACAAGCGCUAUGAAGAGAUCAGCCAGGAAGAGGUGCUGAGCUACGGGCAGCUGUGCGCAGCUCUGGGAGUGAAGCAGGGCAGCCCGGAGCCCGCGGCUUUCCUCAGCACGGGGGACAUCCACGCCUUCCUCACCUCUCCGUCAGGAAGAAGGACCAAGCGGAAGCGGGAGAACAGCCUCCAGGAGGACAGGGGCAGCUUCGUCACCACGCCCACUGCGGAGCUGUCCAGCCAAGAGGACAUGCUGCUGGGCAGCUUUCUGGACUGGAGCCUGGACUACUGCUCUGGCUACGAGGGUGACCAGGAAAGCGAAGGAGAGAAGGACGGUGACGUGACGGCCCCCAGUGGCAUCCUUGAUGUCACCGUGGUCUAUCUGAGCCCCGAACAGCACUGCUGCCAGGAAUCAAGUGAUGAGGAGGCCUGCCCAGAGGACAGGGAACGCCAGGACCUGCACACCUGGGUACCAGGCCCCCAGACACCUCCGACGCCAGGGCCUGAGCCUCGGCUCUGCGGCACAAGGGAGCCAGGCAGGGACAGUGUGACCUCAGGGUACUCCUCCAUCAGCAGCGCAAGUCCCACAAACUCCGUGGACGCGUCUCGGGGGGGCCCUCCCCAAUCUACCUCAGCGCUGUCCCCAGGCAGCAACUCAAACACACAUCCUUGCCACCACCAUGCCAAGAAGUCGUGUUUACAGUGUCGCUCUCCAAGCCUUCUGGAGAGCAGCGUUCCCCAGGUGAAGAGGAAAAACCUAUAGACACCCAGUAAGGAGGAGGAGGAGAGGGACCUGAGCCGGGCUUGCUGAGGCUGCACACGUGCCUCCACUCAUCGCAAGGAACGUCUGCUGAGGGAGGGCUGCUGCCGCACUAGGGAGCCGAGGGGGCGCUGGAGGUGGACACCCUGUGGGCCCCUAGUGGCUCUCGCACAGGGAACAGAGAGAACACUGGACGCUAAGUCUCUUUCUCCAGGGUAGUGCCAUUCCCAUCAGAAUGUCUGAAUCAGAACAAAACCUCAGAUUCUUUGUUUUGGAAACUUAGCCUCAAAGCAAUCAUGCCCCACCCUGGGAAGCCUG